UUUGCACACAAUGAAGUUGUCUUCCUCCAUUCUCCUCCUCGGGGCUGUCGCCCAACAGGGAUAUGCCCACUUCCUUGAAAAGCAAUACCCCGAACGAUGUGACCCGGAUCCCUGCGCGGGCAUCACAUUCCAGAACAAGACCUACGUCUGCGGUGAUCCCCGUCUAGGCCCCGUCAACCUGCCCAAGAACUUCCCCCUCUCAACCGAGCUCCAGACAUACUCCCGUUUCGGCGAUCUCUGCCCCUACGAGUUCCUCGAGAAAUGGGCUACCGACAUCGGUCCAAACGGAACAUACAUCUACCCCCCCUCCAACGGGUUCCUUCUCGACACCGACCAAGCACCCGUGCUGGGUAACAUCUCCCUGAAGGUCGGACAGAAAGUCGACCGGUUCGGGUCCGAGUUUGGCACGUUUCUGGCGGUGUUGGGGGCGCCGUAUAUCGAGCGUGCCUUGCCGCCUAGUAACCUCGACACCUAUGACGGCGCGUACCCGUUCAACUACUAUGUGUAUGAAGUGACGAAGCCGUUUGUCGUCAGUGGAGGACCGAUUGCGGGGUGGUUUGAGCAGCCUGGCUUGGGGACGCAGUUUGCUGCUUUCAGCCCUGUCAAGGAUCUAAUUAGUGGUGGGUAUUUGAGGAGACUUGGUCGGAGCGAGUAUGAUCAGAAGGAGGAGUAUUCUGCGUCGUACUUGCCUGCACCUAGCAGUGCACCUAGCAGUGUACCUAGCAGUGCUUAGGCUUGAUGAAAUUCUGAAUAGCUUACUGUAAUGUCUAAUAAAUGCCAGCAUAUUUGGACUGUUCUGUAUAAACUCCACACCUCAGCCGCAUGACUGGUGGGUAUAGCCGAGCCACAGCCAAUGAGGGCAGAUAUACCCUUGGCCGUCUUUUCUCUGUAAACAGCAAGGAUUGGCAUAUUCAAAGUCAAUGUCAUGGAAUGCCUCAUUGAGUAGAUGAACAGCUGUGCGGCUGAAGAGCUGUCAAAAAUCCAAUAAACACAGUAAACCACCGAUAUCAAACUAC